GUCUGAAACAGGAUCUACAUCCUAGCUGUAUAAAAAUAGGAAGAUGAAACUCCAGAAUCAACACAGGUUCCUGAAUACAGGGAGAAAUGAAUACUACUGCAUUUCUGUUGGUUUCCCUGUGCUGCUGCUGCUGGCUGUCUGCGGCUCAAGAAGAGACCAAAAAGACUGAAAAUGAAGAUAAAGAAUGCCAGACAUCACAAGGCUCCUGCUACCCUGACUUGUGCAAGCUGCUGAAAGACUUCGGUGUCAUGCAGGAGAAACUGCGAACCACGGUGGAAAAAGUGGGAGUCAUGGAAACCCAGCUGAAAGUUAGCGAGAAUCAACUUGAGGAACUGAAAAAUAACGAGAGAAGGAAGGUGAUCUUUUCGGCUGCCCUGGGCGGGAAUGGGCACACCGGGCCAAUCGACCAUGACACUACCCUGAUCUACAAAGAGGUCAUCACUAACAUCGGCGGUGCCUACAAUCCAAGUACAGGGGUAUUUGCUGCCCCUAUUGCAGGGGUCUACUACUUUAGUUUCUUCUACCAUGCCGGAGGAAGUCAAGCUAAAUACAUCUCCUUGUUCAAGAAUGGACAGCGCAUGAUCAGUUCCUCUGAUCACCAGUGUAGCAGUGACGGAGCUGACAACGGGGCUAAUGCAGUCACUCUACAGCUGGAGGUGGGGGACCAGGUCUUCAUACGCCUAAUGGCUAACACUCACGUGUGGGACUCUGUAAACCACACGACCUUCAAUGGGUUCCUGCUCAAACAAGUGUGACGAUAAAUACAUUGGUAGCGUUUGUCCUCUGCUUUCUACUGUUGAUGAUAUUAUUAUUGUGAACAGCUAAUCUUUCUCACGUACUGUAACUCCUGUAUCCUAAUUCCUGAUGUAAUCUAUAUAUCCAUCAUAAUGUAUUCAAUAUAACCAUCGUAUUCAUCAUUGUGUAGUCUAUAUAUCCUUUUUGAUGUAUUCAGGCUGACAGUGUUGGCAAAAUACAUCGGUAGGCUAGCGCCGUCCUUUACUUCGUAGCUUGUGUGACAGCAUCUCCUAUCUUCUUUUGUUUCUGAUGUGAUGACUGUGUGUUGUUACACUCGUGUUCAACACCGAGACAAAACACCAUUGUUGAAAAGCAAAUAAAGUCUUUAAAAAAAAAAGAGAA